UUCAUAGUCGCGCUUCAAUUAAUUUAUAAAAUUUUGUAGCAAAAAGCUAAUUCCUUUCAGUUUAAAGUGCAUAUCAAUUAAUCCAGAUAACAAUGAUUUGUGCUUUAUUCUUACUUUUCAUCACAUCGUCUUCAGCAAUUACAAUUGACUGCAACUUCCGAACAAUCUUUCUUACAAUGGAUAGUGGCUAUGGCUGUGAUGGAACAGCCACAAAUGACGGAAGUUCUCAAAUAUCAACAAUCAAUGGAAUUCAUCAAGCUGGAAGAUCCAACAAUGACACUGAAGUGUUUCGUGUCUGGAAUGUCUGCACACUUGAGUUAGUUCCUCAAAAAAUUGGAAUUUUUUUUCCAAAUUUGAUUGCACUUUGGUUUAAUGACUGUAAAUUCAAGGAAUUGGUUGCUAAUGACUUUGUGAAUUUGACUAAUUUAGUUGAACUUGAUCUGGCUUACAAUCAGUUGGAGUUUGUGCAUGAAAAGGCAUUUGAGAAUUUAAGGAACUUACAAUUUUUGUACCUUAAUAAUAAUCGGAUAAUUUUUGUUGGACCAAAUCUGAUACAAACUCUUCCUAGCUUAGUUUUUGCGACAUUAGAGGACAAUUCCUGCAUUUCAUCAAACUCUUUCAAUUUUGAAGAUUCAAAUGUGAGAAAUUUUAUUAUCGAUGUUGCCAUUCAAUGUCCACUGACCCUGAAGAUUGCUGAAAGUUUAUUAAGCAAGAGGAAUACUGAGGAAUCAAGGAAAUUCAUUAAGGAUUUAAGAGAGGUUAUGGACAAUGCAAUGUUUGUUGAUGAUGAAGUAGAUGACGAGGAAGUAAUAUUUGAUGAUUAUCGAAGUUCUGAGCCUAAUGAUGACAAAGGUUUUGUUAAGAGUCACAGAGAUGAACUGGAAGUUAUCAAUAAACAGAACAUGGAUCUAUUGCUGAUUUCAGAUACUAACAAAUUGCAUGAAAGCAUGAAGGCAAAGAUUAAAGAAGUGGUGUUGACAAGAUGUCAUUUGUAAAAUGGAGCCUAAAGUUUAUCGAAAAUGAAGAAUUGCAAAUUAGAUUAGAAAAAGUUUACUUUCAUGAGAGAACCCACAAAUAGGCCGAGAACUGAUCAAUAUAAUUGAAAAAUUAUAAAGGGUCAUCUGAUCAGUUCCACAAUAUCAAGAAGGUCUUCUCACCAGAAGAAAAGUUCGAACCUUAUUGUAAAUACCUUUAAAUUUUUUAAAUUUUUAAACCUUACAAAAGGGUUCUUAUUCUAUUAGAACCAUAUUAAAAAUUGUAUAAAUUGCUAAGAUUUUGUAGGAGCGAAAUUUAAUUCUUUUUGAACUUUUUCCGCUGCAGAACCGUUAGUUCUCAUAGUACGUCGCAAUCAAUUGAACGAAUUUGUCUGGACUAGCAAGAUUGUCUUUAAUAGUUUAAAUUUUAUUUCCGUACUCGACAACAUCACAAUGUUCUCUGACCACUUAGCUUCAUCUCAAUUAUAAAGCAGCCAAUUUAUAGUUAAUGAUCUUGUUGCUUUCAUGCUGCUCUCCUCUGAGACUCAAAAGAUUUUUUUUACCAUAUGGUCGAUAUGAAAACAUUCAAGUGACGGUAAAGCAGAUUUGGGUACAAAGUUUAGAAUCGCUGAAGGACUUUGUAUUCUGAAAUCUGAGCCGGGUUUGAAUUUUGUAUUAUGGGGUUGUGAAAUUUCUACAAAAUAGAGUGGGGAGAAGAUUAUUAAGUCUUUUCAAAUCCUUAUUAUUAGAGCUCAAAGUCGAUAGGGUUUGUUCCCCCCCCCCCCUUAAACGUU